GGAAGGAAGGAGGGGAAGGGAGGAGAGAUAGAGAGAGAGAGAGGAGGUAUUUGUUUCCUUCCUGACGUGGAAGACUUGGGUCCACCUGAGUUUGGAGAGUCUGAGCGUUUCCCUGUGGGGGCCAUGACCACCAGGAAGGGUUUCCACCGUCAGGACAUUAACAAGACGGUGUGGGAGGUCCUGGACAGGUACUCGGGGCUCGAGGCUGUGGGGUCCGGAGCCUAUGGGGCUGUUUGCUCAGCGAUUGAUAAGAGAACUGGGAACAAAGUAGCCAUCAAGAAACUCUACCGUCCAUUUCAGUCUGAGCUGUUUGCUAAGAGAGCUUACAGGGAACUCCGCCUCCUCAAGCACAUGAAGCACGAAAACGUUAUUGGGCUGUUGGAUGUUUUCACUUCAGAUGUGUCCUUGGAGAAAUUUCAUGAUUUCUAUUUAGUCAUGCGUUUCAUGGGAACAGAUCUCGGCAAAAUAAUGAAGCAUGAAAAACUAACUGAAGACCGUAUCCAAUUUCUGGUCUAUCAGAUCUUGAAAGGCCUAAAGUAUAUCCAUUCUGCAGGGAUCAUUCACAGGGAUCUUAAACCUGGUAAUCUGGCUGUCAAUGAAGAUUGUGAAUUAAAGAUACUUGAUUUUGGCCUGGCAAGACAUGCAGAUCAGGAAAUGACUGGUUAUGUUGUGACCAGGUGGUACAGAGCACCAGAGAUCAUACUUAACUGGAUGCACUACACUCAGACAGUCGACAUGUGGUCUGUUGGCUGCAUCAUGGCAGAGAUGAUUGUAGGUCGACCUCUCUUUAAGGGCAACGAUCAUCUGGAUCAGCUGACGGAAAUAAUGAAAGUAACAGGCACACCCACGGCAGACUUCAUCCACAAGCUACAAAGCCAAGAUGCUAAAAAUUACAUGAAAAGUCUCCCACAACUCCAGAAAAAAGACUUGAAAACUUUUUUUGCGAAUGGAAACCAAUUGGCCGUCAACCUGAUGGAAAAAAUGCUUGUGUUAGAUUCCGAUAAAAGAGUGACAGCUGCGGAAGCGUUGGCUUAUCCUUACUUUGAGCAAUACAGAGAGCCCGAGGAGGAGACAGUGGCUGAGUCUUAUGAUGACAGUUUUGACAACAUGGAUUGCACAAUCGAAGAUUGGAAACGUCACACGUAUAAAGAGAUGACGAAUUUUAAGCCAACAGCAGGAGCGUCAGAGACUAAGGAAACUGCAGUGUAGCCACAGAAUGGUACAUAUAGGAUAACACGGAAGAGUAUAUAUUCUUGCAGCAAGCAGCCGUGACGACAAUAAUUAUUUUAGUUGUAAUUUGUCUUCAGUGGUUUUGUAUAAGGUGUACAGUUACUUUUAUUUCAUGUCCUUAGCCUGCAGUUCACAGUGAAACUUUACAAUCUUUCAUUGAAUGAAACAUAAAAAUCUCAUCACUGGCGUUCCUUGAAAAAAUACCUUAGUUUAGUGUCCAUUUUUAUUUUGUGUAUUCUCUUUACUGCAGAUGAAAUUCAAAUUGCUUGAAACUAUAAUUGAGAAUUGUACAUUAUAAUUGGAAGAUUUGUAUGAAUGCAAGGCCAUUCACAUCAUAUUUUCAAGGAAACAUUAAUUGACAAGACUGAAAAGAUGCCAUAUAAUUAAUGGACUUGAACAAAUUAACGCAAUUUCAUCCUGCAAACCUCCUUGUUAUUUCUGAUCUUUAUUCUGGUAUAGGUUGCUAUUUUAUACUUUAGUUUGGUUUCAGUUAUAAUGAACGUUAGAAUAUGGGACAGAACAUUUUUCCGUUCCCUAUUCCUGAUAAGAGGUGCACUGGAACAGCAAUUGUAAUCGUUCGAAUAUUUGAUGGGUAUUCAAAUGUAUGUCACGUGAUCUAGAUUACUACAAACUCUUAUGUUUAACCCAGUGGUGGUGCUUUACUCAGUCUUGCUGAAUCAGCUUAGAUGUGUUCCAUAAACCUGCCCAAUUAAUUCAGUGUUCAAUUUCACAAAUGUUGCAAUGCAGUCCGUUGACUUCUUUCGCUCAGCUCUCGAAAACGUGAAAGAACAUUUCAACAGUUUUCUCCAUCUAAUUUGUCUGCAAAAAACGUCGCCACACUUGAGAGCAGUCACUUGCAAAGUACUUUGAGAUAUUUUGAAAUGUAAGGUGAAUCUAUAAAAGUUCGGGGGGGGGAAAAAUCCCCGAUUUGGCCAUGUUUAUCACCUCCCCCAGGAGGGAACCAUCUGGCCAAUAUUGUGUGGAAGGUGAAAUGCGGGGAGAUUCUCCUGGAAAUAAAUUGAAUGGUCCAUGUGCCUUUUAUCAUU